ACAUCAUAUCUUUUUUUAUUUCCUUUUUCAUCUGCAACGUAGUCUCGGAUAUAAUGAUCCUUUGCAUUUUAUUUCUCGAGAAAAAAUUUCCGGGAUGAUUUGAUGGUUAAAUAAAGUGACAUACGAGAUCUAUGUUCAGUCGAGAAAGAAACUUCAAUGUGAUAUCAUUCUUUCUUUCUCUCUCUCUCUCUCUCCCUCUCUUUUCGUCUUUCGAUUUAACGAAAUUAGUUAUUGAAAACAUAAGCAAUAAUGGAACGCUGGGCUGGUAAAAUAGCUGUAGUUACUGGUGCUUCCAGUGGAAUGGGAUUAGCAAUAGCGAAAGCUCUUGUACAAAAUGAAGUAAUCGUGAUCGGAUUUGCUAGAAGAAAAAGUAAAAUGCAGAGCGAGAUGCAAAAUGUUAAAGGAAAAAGUAAAGGAAAGUUCUAUGCGUGCGAGUGUGACAUCACCAAGACCGAAAGUAUCGAACAAGCUUUCCAAUGGGUCAAGAAUAAUUUUGGAACAGUUCAUAUUCUGGUGAACAAUGCUGGGAUCUCCUCAGAUGCCAAAUUUAUGGAUUCAUCUAGAUCUGAUUGGCAAAGAUUAUUCGAUAUUAAUGUAUUAGGAUAUAUCGAUUGUAGUAAACGUGCUGCUAAAAUGAUGUUAGAAUCUAACGUGGAAUGUUACAUUGUUAAUAUGAACAGUAUUUUAGGACACAAUGUUGAUCUGCCAGGUUUUACUCUUAACUUUUAUCCAUCGUCCAAAUUUGCUUCCGUUGCUGCUACUGAAAUCAUACAAAAGGAAUUAUAUGGUAGUAAAAUUCGACUGACGAGUAUCAGUCCAGGAUUAGUAUCUACGAACAUAAUGCAAGCCAAUAACUUUGAGUUAAAUGAGUCGUACAAGUCUUUUCCCACAUUGGAACCUAAUGAUGUCGCAAAUGCCAUUAUUUAUGUAAUUGGAACUCCGCAACGUGUCCACAUUACUGAAUUGAUUAUUAGACCUUUUGGAGAAGUUAAGUAUGCAAAGUAAACAUUUGAUUAUAUAUUAUAUUCAAUAAGUAUUAUAUUGUUAUCAUCUUUGUCAAAAUAUAAUAAAAUAUGAUUUUUUUAAUAAUGUAGAAAUUAACUAAAAAUUAUAUCAUUGGAGAAGAUAAAAA